AUGACCCCACGACCUGGAACGAUGCGGCUGGCCUGCAUGUUCUCAUCCAUUCUGCUCUUCGGAGCUGCAGGCCUCCUCCUCUUUAUCAGCCUGCAGGACCCCACGGAGCUGGCCCCCCAGCAGGUGCCAGGAAUGAAACUCAACAUCAGAGCACAGCAGCCUCACACUGACCUCCAACCAGGCACUUCCCAGGAUGGCGACUUAAAAGUACCAUCAUCCGACAGGGUCACCCGAGACUUGUCCACCCGGGUCCCCAGGAGCCUCCACCUGCAGGUGCCUGACCAGCCUCGACCCCACCCAAAGAGACUCCGGCAGCGCCGCCGGAGGCUGCUUAUCAAAAAGAUGCCAGCUGCGGUGGCCAUCGGGACCAAUGGCUCAUCUGAGACCUUUCUCAGGCCGGGUCCCCGCGCUCUGGACAGUCACUGGGUCAGUCUACACCGCAGCCAGCAGGAGCGCAAGCGGGUGAUGCGGGAGGCCUGUGCCAAGUACCGGGCGAGCAGCAGCCGCAGGGCCAUCACGCCCCGCCACGUGUCCCGCAUCUUCGUGGAGGACCGCCACCGUGUCCUCUACUGCGAGGUGCCCAAGGCGGGCUGCUCCAACUGGAAGCGGGUGCUGAUGGUGCUAGCCGGGCUGGCCUCAUCCACCGCGGACAUCCAGCACAACACGGUCCACUAUGGCAGUGCCCUCAGGCGUCUGGACACCUUCGAUCGCCAGGGCAUCCUGCACCGCCUCAGCACCUACACCAAGAUGCUCUUCGUCCGCGAGCCCUUCGAGAGGCUGGUCUCUGCUUUCCGCGACAAGUUCGAGCACCCCAAUAGCUACUAUCACCCUGUCUUUGGCAAAGCCAUCCUAGCCCGGUACCGGGCCAACGCCUCGCGGGAGGCGCUGCGGACGGGCUCUGGCGUGCGGUUCCCUGAGUUCGUCCAGUACCUGCUGGACGUGCACCGGCCCGUGGGAAUGGACAUCCACUGGGAUCACGUGAGCCGGCUGUGCAGCCCCUGCCUCAUCGACUAUGACUUCGUGGGCAAGUUUGAGAGCAUGGAGGUUGAUGCGAACUUCUUCCUGCGCCUCAUCCACGCGCCGCGGAACCUGACCUUCCCGCGCUUCAAGGACAGGCACUCGCAGGAGGCGCGCACCACCGCGCGGAUCACGCACCGGUACUUCGCCCAGCUCUCUGCCCUGCAGCGCCAGCGCGCCUACGACUUCUAUUACAUGGACUACCUGAUGUUCAACUACUCCAGGCCCUUCGCGGACCUGCACUGA